AUGUUGCACGUUCUAGAUGAAGGUAAAUUAGUUCUUUCUAACGGUAGAUUAUUAGAUUUUAGUAAGUCUUUUAUAAUUUUAACAAGUAAUUUAGGAUACUCUGGUAAUAGUUUAAAUAAAACAAUUAACAAAGAGGACGUUUUAAAUGCUGUUAAUAAACAUUUCAGAAUUGAAUUUUUAAAUAGAUUGAGUCAAAUUAUUGUGUUUAAUUCUAUAAGAGAAGAUAGUUAUUAUUAUAUAUUAGAUAAAUUUAUUACAGGAGUUUGUAGUAGAUUUAAUUUGUGUAUAAAAAAUAUAGACUCAUUAUUAAAAAAAGAUUUUGUAAAAUGGUAUUGCAAUAAAAUAUACGGAUCAAGACCUUUGAGAAAAUUUAUUGAUAACUUUUCUAAUUUUAUUUAUUUAAUAAGUAGUGAAUUAGAUUAUUGUUCGCAUUACAGUUAUAAUUAUAUUAAUAACAUUAAUAUUAUUAAUAUGUGUUCUAUAUUAUAG